GAACUACUUACAUUGUCUCCAGAGUAUAAAGUGUGUCACUUGGUUGCCAAGAGCUGGUCUGAGACAUCCUUUCAUCAUGAAUACCUACAGCUUUAGGCAAUCCUCUUCCAACAUUGGUGGAGGAGGUUUUGGUGGUUCUUCCUCCUUCAGAACCCCAAGCAUCCAUGGGGGUUCUGGAGGUUAUGGCAUCUCUGUCUCUUCUGCUAGAUUAGCUUCUUCUGGAUUUGGAGGAGGCCUAGGUAGUGGCUAUGGUGGUGGAAGUUUUAGCUAUGGGAGUGGUUGCUUUGGUGGAGCUGGUGGAGCUGGUGGGGCUGGAGGUGUCUUUGGUGGGAACCUAAAUGUCAGUGAUAGCCUCCUUUCGGGAAAUGAAAAGGUAACUAUGCAGAAUUUGAAUGAUCGCCUGGCAAACUACCUGGACAAAGUGCGUGCCCUGGAGGAGGCAAAUACUGAACUAGAGGUUAAAAUUCGAGAGUGGUACCAGAAGCAAGGACCGACUGCAAGCCGAGAUUACAGCCCAUUUUACAAGACCAUUGAAGACCUCCGGGACAAGAUCCUGGAAGCAACAAUUGAAAAUAACAAAAUGGUCCUGCAGAUUGAUAAUGCUAGAUUGGCUGCUGAUGACUUUAAAACCAAGUUUGAGACUGAGCAAGCCCUGCGCAUGAGUGUGGAAGCUGAUAUUAAUGGCCUACGCCGAGUAUUGGAUGAGCUGACCUUAGCUAGAGCUGACCUGGAGAUGCAAAUUGAAAACUUAAAAGAAGAACUGGCUUAUCUCAAGAAGAACCAUGAAGAGGAAAUGAGUACUCUAUCUGGCCAUCUGGGUGGCCAAGUGAGUGUUGAAAUUGAUUCUGCCCCAGGCAUUGACCUCACCAAGAUCCUGGCAGACAUGAGAGACCAGUAUGAACUGCUAGCUGAGAAGAAUCGAAGGGAUGCCGAGGCCUGGUUUAUGAGCAAGACUGAAGAACUGAAUAAAGAGGUUGCCGUCAACACUGAACAGCUUCAGACCAGCAAGACAGAAAUCACUGACUUGAGACGGACUCUCCAGAGCUUGGAGAUAGAGCUGCAAUCCCAGCUUAGUAUGAAAACUGCCCUGGAAGGCACCUUAGCGGACACAGAAGCUCGCUAUGGCAACCGGCUGUGCCAGAUCCAAGGCCUGAUCAGCAACAUAGAAGCCCAGUUGGUUGAGGUUCGCAGUGACAUGGAGAGACAGAACAAUGACUAUAAGAUGUUGAUGGACAUCAAAACCCGUCUGGAACAAGAGAUUGAGACUUAUCGUCAGCUCUUGGAUGGCCAGGACUUUAACUUUUCAGGUAAUGCCUCAGGAAUGUAUGACAAAGCAGUUGAUGAAACCAAGCCGAGUAACAGUCUUGCAACUGAACUUUCUUUCACGAUGUCUACAUACUAUUACCAAAGCUCCUCUUCUUCUCAUGGUGGUGGUGGUGGUGGCGGUUCUGGCCGUGUGGCUUCUGUCCGUCUUGGACCAUCCAGUAUCCAUGGGGGAGCUGGUGGCCGUGUAUCUGCCUCUUCAGCUAGGUUUGUAUCUUCUGGUUCAGGAUAUGGAAGCAAUUAUGGAUAUGGAAGUGGCUUAGGAGGUGGUUGUGGGGUUGGAUAUGUUUCUGGAGGUGGCCUUGGCUAUGGAAGUUGCUUUGGUGGUGGAGUUGGUGGAGGCUAUGGUGGUGGAGUUGGUGGAGGCUAUGGUGGUGGAGUUGGUGGAGGCUAUGGUGGUGGCCUUGACUUUGUGGUUAGUGGUGGUGGCGGUGAUGGAGGUCUUCUGACUGGCAAUGAGAAGAUCACCAUGCAAAAUCUCAAUGACCGCCUGGCAAAUUACUUGGAUAAAGUGCGAGCCCUAGAGGAGGCAAACACUGAGUUAGAGAUCAGGAUCCGAGACUGGCAUCAAAAGCAGGCACCCACUAGCCCAGCCAAGGACUACAGCAAUUAUUACAAGAUAAUUUCGGAUCUCCGUGACAAGAUUGCUGACUCUACAAUUGACAAUUCUAGGGUUAUUUUGGAGAUUGAUAAUGCUAGACUGGCUGCUGAUGACUUCAGACUGAAGUAUGAGAAUGAGCUGCAUCUCCGCCAGGGUGUUGAGAGUGACAUCAAUGGUCUGCGCAGAGUCCUGGAUGAACUAACUCUGUUUAAAUCUGACAUGGAAAUGCAAAUUGAAGAGAAGAAGGAAGAUCUGGCCUACCUCAAGAAGAACCAUGAGGAGUUAAUGAAAGAAUACAGUACUCAGCUAACUGGACAGGUCAAUGUUGAGAUGGAUGCUGCACCUGGAGUUGAUCUCACCAAAAUUUUGGCUGACAUGCGAGAACAAUAUGAACAAAUGGCUGAGAAGAACCGCAGAGAUGCUGAGGCCUGGUUCUUUACCAAGACCGAAGAACUGAAUCGUGAAGUUGCUACCCAUACUGAACAACUACAGACAAGCAAAACUGAGAUUUCAGAACUAAGACGUACAAUACAGGGUUUGGAGAUUGAGUUGCAAUCCCAUCUUAGCAUGAAAGCUGGCUUGGAAACCAACUUAGCAGAUACAGAAGGACGGUACUGUGCUCAGCUCGCACAAAUCCAGAACGUAAUCAGUAGUGUAGAAGAACAGCUGGCUGACUUAAGAAAUGACAUGGAGCGCCAGAAUCAAGAAUACAGGAUGCUCAUGGAUAUCAAAACACGGCUGGAACAGGAGAUUGCCACUUAUCGAAACCUGUUGGAGGGUCAGGACUCAAAACUCCCAGGUUGGUCUCCAAAAGAUGCAUCCUACGGAGGAGGCAGCACCACAAUCACCUACAGUAGUGGUGGCAGCGGUAGUGGUGGUGGUGCCAUCAGUGGUGGUGGCUAUAGCAGUGGCGGUGGCAGCAGCAUUACUACCAGCAAAGUGCGUUCUGGAAACUUCUGAAUCUCCUGAAAAGUGCACUCACCUAUUGGAUGGGCUUCCUUCCUUAAAGAGAAAGCAAUUUCAGCAUAGCCACAAAUCCUUCUUUUUGCAGAAGUAUGCCUCGGCUUGGCUACUUUUUUCAUAGUGGUCCCUUUCCAGCUUUGCCUGACUCAUCUUAGCCAAUUCUCAUUCUGUAUUGCGCAUCAUAAUAAAAAUCCUCUUUGAGCUUGAGUUUGCAAAUUAAAA